AUGGGUGAGACCGGGUCGCAAUCAAGGCCGUCAUUCAGGACAUGGCCAGGGCCGUCAUUCAGGACAUGGCCAGGGCCGUCACUCGGGACACGGGUGCAGCCGGCUAAAAUCAGGGCCGUCACCAUGGGUGCGGACGUCACUCUGGUCAUGGGUGAGACCAGGUCGCGAUCAAGGUCGUCGCUCUGGCCAUGGCCAGGGCCGUCAUUCUGGACACAACUGUGGCUGGGUGAAGCUAGGGCCAUCACUUCGGUCAUGGAUGCAACCAAGGUGCUAGGCCAAACGGACAUGGCCAAGUUGGAACCGUCAUACCAGGCCCUUCCAUCUUCAUAG